AAAUUUGAAAGGAAGUCAUCUUGAUGCGGUAUAGCACUAUACACACUUCAGCCAUAUUCAAGCCAUUUCCUCUGACUGCGCACAGAAACAUGCAGAUCUUUUACCUGACAACUAUGUUUCUUAUAAUGGCUGUUCUCUGCAGUCAGCCAAUUUCUCUAUCAGCAGUGUCUGUUAUUUACUCACGUGAACCAGUGACAAAGACUGAGGGUCUUUCGUUGUCUCUAAAGUGCACAGUGAAGUAUAGGAUAGAGGAGUGUGACUUUGAGACCAAUUGGUGGAAAUGGAACAGAGAUGAGCCUUUGCAAAUCACGGAUCCCAACAAAUAUCUGAUCACAGUAAAUGAAUCAGAAACAGAUGAGCACAGGCUAAGGGACAUUUUCCUGAGAUUCAGUUCCUUAAAUCUUCAAGACAGUGGUCGCUACCAAUGUGAUGCCAAAUGUCUCAACAGUGGGACUGCAGCAAAAGGCCAUCUCUUGGUCCUCAAUGUCACAGCUGAUCCAUACAAAGAUCUGAAGGUCUCAACAUGGAGCGGCCAGUUAAAGGCAGACGCAGCUGUGCUAGCACUCAGUACCACAUUAUUAUUAACAUGGUGUUAUUAAAUUAUAUUGUGUUUUCAGUAUGGAGCAACACACGGUAUAAACAUAUUUAAUUUUGUUAAUCUGCUAAAGUGACCAACUGUAAUUUUCUUUUAUUCUAGACUUGGUCUUGGAUUAAAAAAAAAUUCAUCCAAAAAUGAAAACUCUGUCAUCAUUUAAUCACCCUCAUGUCAUUCCAAACCUGUAUGAGUUGCUUUCUUGUUGUCUUAUGUUGUUGAACAUAAAAGAAGAUAUUUUGAAAAUUGCUGGAAUUUUAAAGGGGUCAUAUGAUGUUUUUUUAAAGAUCAUUAUUUUGUGUAACAGAAUAUUCUGACAUGCUUAAAUGUAAAAAAAAAACAACAACAACAAAAAAAAAACAUUAUUUUUCAAAUACUGUACAUUAUUGUAGGUCUUCUAUGCCCCGCCUCUCUCAAACGCUCUUCCGACAAGCACUGCUCUGAUUGGCCAUCUGACCCAGUGUGUUGUGAUUGGCUGAAUACCACAAGCGCUUGUCGGAAAUUUAAUGACCCUUUCCAUAAUCGUGAGCUUCAUCAGUUCAAGCCUGAAAGGGGAACACAGUCGCGUGACAGACACAGUGAUGAAACUCCUUUUGUUUGCUGUACACAAGCCAAAGCCGGUUAAGACAGCUGACUCCACUGUGUCACCUGUCACUCUCUCUCUCCAACACAUGUGGGUGCCAACACACACACACGCAUGCAAAACUCUGCAUUUGAAGAGUCAAUAGCAAAUACUUAAACUAAUAAGUAUUUGCUAUUGAUUCAGAAGCACCAUACUGUAGUAGCAAAGUCAGAAUUACCCCUUCUCCUUUGUGUGAAUAUCUGGGAGGCAUUAUGCAAAUAUUUCCACAUAGUGACGUAGACAUGUGGGGGCGUGUUUAAACAAGCUAUUUUUGGGGGUUGUGGAAGAGUCUUAACUUUGAGAAAGAAUAUCUCUUUGGAUUUGAGACUUUAGUCUUUGCAACUUCACAGAUCUUCUUUAUUCACCAAAGAGCUUGUAACACUUCAAAGAGUAAAUCACAUCAUGUGACCCCUUUAAACAGUUGGUGGUUGCCAUUGACUUCCAUAGUAUGAAAAGAAAUACUAUGGAAGUUUGAUGACCAGCAAUCUUCAAAAUGUCGUCUUUUAUUAUUACAUCAGAAAGCAACUCAUACAGGUUUGGAAUGACAUGAGGGUGAGUAAGUGAUGACAGAAUUUUCAUUUUUGGUUGAACUAUCCCUUUAAGUUCUUACAUUGUGACAGCUUGUACCUAAAAAGUUGUUAUAGAGUUGAUUACCUGAUGAUGCUUAGUUUCUUAAUUGUUGCCAUAAGUUGCAAUUGAGUUUUAUUUGACUUUAACUUUAUUUUGUGAAAGGGAUAAUGCAUUGCACAACCUGUGUGUUAAAUGUUCUGAUGUUCUACAUUCAUUUUAGCUGCAAUGGAACAUUUCAGAGCAGUGGUCCAGACUUGUGGCUGAAACUGAAACCAAGCUCAUCUUGCUAAACGGUGUUGCAUAUGUAAUACGCUUUAACUUGCCAAAUGUAGUAAACAUGCCAAUAGGUUACUAAUGCAAAAACAAACUCAUAAUAAGGCACAAGCAUUGUAAUGUUUUUUUUUUUUUUGCAUUUGAUAGUAGAAAUGCAAUACAAUUAUCUUUGUAACAGUCAAUAAUUAUUACUACCAGGGCCUCAGCUGGGGUUUGCGGGGCCCUGGCUGAUGCAGGUUAUACCCAUGGGCCCUGUUUGAAAUAAAUAGCAUGAAUAAAUAAAUAGAACAAAGAUACAAAUAAUUUUUUUUUUUUUCAAGUUCUCAAAGUUAUUUUUCUUCAGGUUUGUGGGUGGUACAGAAACUUAGCAAUCAAAUGUAAAAUAGCAUUGUAUACUUCUUUACUGUAUAAAUUACAUUUAGAUGAAUUCUUGUUAAAACUACAAAGCAAUACAGUAAAAAUCUGUGAGUGUUUUUCUCCCAUUUAAUUUCUUGGAUUAACAUUAAUAAGGACAAUGACAGCAGCUAGUAAAUUAGGCGCGGUCACUU